AUGGACUUGGCCGAGCUCGUGAGUGGUAUCAUCGUGCUUGAACAGCUGAACUCUAAGCCUCCUAACCCAACUGAAGGCAGUGUUCGAAAAAUCGGCCUAGGCGGUAGGCGGCCGCCUAGGCGGCUACUAGGCGGUAGGCUGCCGCCUAGGCGGUUACUAGGCGGUAGGCGGCCGCCUAGGCGGUUCCUAGGCGGUAGGCAGAUCCUAGGUUGUAGGCGGGAGCCUAGGCGGAUCCUAGGCGGUAGGUGGCCGCCUAGGCGGAUCCCAGGCAGUAGGCGGGAGGAUAGCACCGCGAUUUCACCCUAA